AUGUCGAACAAACAGGGCAAGAUGGCCGGUUACAUCAACUACCGCAUGAGGGUUACGUUGAACGAUGGCCGCCAGAUGACGGGACAGAUGCUUGCUUUUGACAAGCAUAUGAACCUCGUCCUCGCCGACACCGAAGAGUUCCGACGCGUCAAGGUCAGACAGAACAAGCCCGCUGCGCCUGGAGCUGGCUCCUCCUCGGGCCAAACGAUCGAGAAGGAGGAGAAGCGAACCCUCGGCUUGACGAUCGUCCGUGGCGCGCACAUUGUCUCACUGUCAGUCGAGUCAGAGCCUCCGGCGGACCCCAGUGCGAGACUCGGAAAGAGUGCUCCGGGCGGAAUCGCGUCGACGCUCACCGCCGGUCCUGGCGUUGCACGGCCUGCUGGUCGCGGUGCUGCUCCCGCUCCCCCGUCUCUGGCCGGUCCUGCUGCCGGUGUUGGAGGUGCCGUCCCUCCCGGAUUCCCUGGCGGCUUCCCCGGUGCCCCGCCUUUCGGCGGACGUGGAGGUAUGCUCUCGAAUCCCCUUGACCCCCGAACGCGAUUCUCACACCCAGCAGCUCCUCCCCCAGGCUUCCCCGGCGGGCUCCCGCCCCCGGGCUUCCCGCAGAACGCCCCCUUCCUCCCUCCAGGCUUCAACCCCGGCCCUCCCGGUGGACCACCUGGCUUCAACCCUCCCCCCCGCAGAUAG